AAGCCGCACCCUGGCGCGAUUGAGAAGGAGCUAGCAGAGGCUGCAGCCAGCCAGCCACAGCCACCCAGCCAGUUAGUGAGGGGUGGAUCGGCGUUUUGAAGCGUAUCCUGGGCCAGUGCUCUAGUGUUCUUUCCUAGCCGUUUCUACAUCUUCAGGUGGAGGACUUGGCAGUUGUCCUUUUUGAAUUUCAUUCUGUGGCUUCCAGCUCAGCAUUCAAAGAUUAUAAAGAUCACCCUGGAUCUUCAUUCUGUCUUCAAGAACAACUGAAAUAGUGCUAUGAAUGGUACUAUGAAUGAAUCCAGAACAGAGGUGGUAACUUCACCACCUCCAACAGCCCCUCAUAAAGAGAGAUAUUUUGAUAGAGUUGAUGAAAAUAACCCAGAGUACUUGAGAGAGAGAAACAUGGCACCUGACCUUCGCCAGGAUUUCAAUAUGAUGGAACAGAAGAAGAGAGUUUCCAUGAUUCUUCAAAGCCCAGCAUUUUGUGAAGAAUUGGAGUCAAUGAUCCAGGAACAAUUCAAGAAAGGAAAAAACCCAACUGGCUUACUGGCUUUACAACAGAUUGCAGACUUCAUGACAGCAAAUAUUCCAAAUGUUUAUCCUGCAGCACCUCAAGGUGGAAUGGCUGCCUUAAACAUGAGUCUUGGCAUGGUGACACCUGUGAAUGAUCUCAGGGGAUCAGAUUCCAUUGCUUAUGAGAAAGGAGAGAAAUUAUUGAGAUGUAAGCUGGCAGCUUUCUACAGACUAGCUGAUCUCUUUGGAUGGUCGCAACUUAUUUACAAUCACAUAACAGUAAGAGUAAAUUUGGAGCAAGAACACUUUCUCAUUGUGCCUUUUGGGCUUCUGUAUAGUGAAGUUACUGCGUCCAGUUUGGUUAAAAUAAACACUCAAGGUGAUGUGGUUGAUCGUGGAAGCACAAAUCUGGGAGUUAAUCAAGCUGGUUUCACAUUUCACUCUGCCAUUUAUGCAGCUCGGCCUGAUGUUAAGUGUAUUGUACAUAUUCAUACACCAGCAGGUGCAGCGGUAUCUGCAAUGAAACAUGGUCUCUUACCAAUCUCACCUGAAGCAUUAUCCCUUGGAGAAAUAGCAUAUCAUGAUUACCAUGGGAUACUUGUGGAUGAUGAAGAAAAGGUGUUGAUUCAGAAGAAUCUGGGACCCAAAAGCAAGGUUCUCAUACUCAGAAAUCAUGGUUUGGUAUCUGUUGGUGAAAGUGUUGAAGAGGCAUUCUACUAUAUUCAUAAUUUGGUUGUUGCUUGUGAAAUCCAAGUACGUACUUUGGCCAGUGCAGGAGGACCAGACAAUUUAGUGCUUUUGGACCCUGGAAAAUAUAAAGCAAAAUCUCGUUGUCACGAGCCUCCUGCUACAGAGGGAACAGCAUCUUAUCCAAAAUGGCAAACUGGAGAACAGGAAUUUGAAGCUCUUAUGAGAAUGCUUGAUAAUUUGGGUUACAGAACUGGCUAUCCCUAUCGAUGCCCUGCUCUGAGAGAGAAGUCUAAAAAAUACAGUGAUGUGGAGAUUCCUGCCAGUGUCACAGGGUAUUCUUUUGCUAGUGAUGGGGAUUUGGGCACUUGUUCUCCUCUGCGGCAUAGUUUUCAGAAACAGCAGCGAGAGAAGAUAAGGUGGCUGAAUUCUGGCCGAGGGGAUGAUGCUUCUGAAGAAGGGCAGAACGGUGGCAGCCCCAAGUCGAAGACUAAGGUGUGGACGAACAUUACACACGAUCACGUGAAACCCUUGCUGCAGUCUCUCUCGUCCGGUGUCUGCGUGCCAAGCUGUAUUACCAACUGCUUGUGGACUAAAGAGGAUGGACAUAGAACUGUCUCCUCUGCUGUCCAAAAUCUGUUUGUUCCAUUGAACACAAACCCAAAGGAGGUCCAAGAAAUGAGAAACAAGAUCCGGGAGCAAAACCUACAAGAUAUUAAAACUGCUGGCCCACAGUCCCAGGUUCUUUCUGGAGUUGUUGUGGACAGAAGCCUUGUACAGGAUGCACCCCUCUCAGACUGUACGGAAACAAUUGAAGGGCUCGAUCCCACAGAGCAGGCCUUUAGUCCCGCUAAAUCUGUCUCUGUUGGAAAGGGUGAACUGGUGACAGCAUCAAAGGCAAUAAUUGAGAAGGAAUAUCAGCCACGAGUCAUAGUGAGCACAACGGGGCCAAACCCUUUCAACAAGCUCACCGACAGAGAACUAGAAGAGUAUCGCAGAGAAAUAGAAAGGAAACAGAGACAGACAGAAGAAAACUCAGAAGACAUCAGACAGCAAAGAGAAAGUUCUCCUGACCACACUGUUGCUUGUACUUCACCUGUUACUCCAGUUAAGCUAGAGGAAGAGAGGCAGUUUAACCAGACUUACGAUGACAGUGAUGCUGCAACUUUCAAGCAAAGCCUCCCAGACCUCACCCCUGAUGAGCCUUCAGAAGCCCUCCACUUCCCAGCCUCUGGAAAAGGGGAUGAUAAACAACUCACCCAAAGUCAAACUGAAAGUCCUUCUGGAAACCAAGAGCCCCAGCCAGGUGAAGACACAGUGACCCCAGCGGCUGAGGAAGGGGCAGCAGCCGAACUAGGUGGUGAUGAGUCUCCUGGGAAGUCGCCAUCCAAAAAGAAGAAGAAGUUUCGUACACCUUCCUUCCUGAAGAAAAAGAAGAAGAGUGACUCCUAAAGAUCUUCAAAAAUGCUGUUACAUUUUACAAUCUUACAUUAUUAACCACUAGAAUAUAUCAAAUCUUACUGAGUGUUUUAUUUUUCUUUUACAUAGAGAGCAGAACAAGUAACACCCUCAAGCUAUAGUUUGAUUUAUUAAGAAUAUAAUGGAAAAUGAAGAAGUGGAAGGUGCUAAUCUUGUGUGUGCAAUGUACGCUGACCACGAUUUAUUCCAAGUUUGUAAACAAAAGUAAGUUACCUGGAUAUGUGUAACUUUGAAAGCCCAUGUUGCUUUUUAUGAAGGGAAGCAUUUUUCAAAAAGUCCUGCUUAACAGGAUGUUACUACUGGCUCUCUCUAACAUGUACCCUUGUCUGAGAGUCAGCGGUUGUUGCAAGUGGCUUUAAGUACUGACAACUUGGAGAUGACUCAUUUAUGUUUUAGAGGUUAUAUUAUUGAACUGACUAUUUGCUUUAGUACUGCAUAUUUAGAAAUAAUGAUAUACAGAGGCUUUAAAAAGUGGUCUUUCUCCCCUCUUAUUCUGAAUUGUAGCAUAGCUGAGACUUAAACAUAUUUGUAGUGUCUAAGAAUUAAGUGUCCUAUGGUGUUUCCUGCAAAUCUCUUUUCCUUUUUUUUUCUCCCUAAUAUGUUUGAUGUAACAUUUUCCACAGAAUUAUUUUACUCAUUUGUUUUCUUAAGGAAAUGUAUUCAAACUCACCUAAAAGUUUGAAAAAUAAAUUAAAAAUAAAAGCUGAUAGCAAACAGGGGCUUACUACAUUUAUUCACUUCUCAACCUCAUCAUUCAGUUGCUCAAAUAUUGUACUGCUUCCACAUGUGGCAACUGUUGUAACAAGCAGCCAUCAUGGUAGCUGGACCAAUAAUCUCUUAAUAGCAGUAAAAUCAGCACCAUAUGGUUCAUUUCUAAGAGCCCUGGGAAGGUGUGCUAUAUUAUAGCAGCAAGUAACAUAAUUGGGAUUUGGCAGAGCUUACUAUCCUCUUCUACUUCUCUGAAUAUGCUCAUUUAACAAUGCAGCUCAACCUUGAGCUGUGCAUUCCUGGUUAUAAUAAAAGCAAACUUUCAUCUAUUUACUUAAGGACACGGGGAGCUAAGAUAACAAUUUUAUGAGUACACCAUUUUGAGAUUUUGGUUUUGUUUAUGCUCUUUAAAGUUUGGUGAAAUGGCUAGUAUUAAAUGCCUCAUUUGUGUUUUAAAAAAAUGCUGAAAAAGAGAAUGAAUCCAAUGGUUGGAUGCAGCUUGAUUGUAAAUUUAACACCUAUGUUACAUUCCAAAUAGAUGCUUUGGAGCACCUCAGAAUGGUAGAUAAACUUCUGUAAUAUUGGUGUGGAAAUAUUGCAGAAAGAUGAGGGUUAAUGGCAGUAAGCACCAUUACAGGAAAACUGACAAGCAACAAAUGUUGAUCACUGCACAGACAGAGAGAAACCUGAACAAUAAUGUUUCCUGUGAACUGCAUGGCACUAAUGGCUUGAAGCUUGCUACCUAACUAUGUGUCCUGUGUACACUAAAAGCUUAAUUGUGUUUCAUUGUCAGGAUUGAAAUUGCAUUACAAAAGCCAUUUGCUACAGUGUUUCUGUUAUAAAAUGUAGGGGUUCUAUCUUUUGACCACAUAUGUAAUUAUUUUAAAGUUCUAAUUUUGUAGUUCUUAAUUCUUAUAUUACAAUAUGAAGUCUAGUUGUAUAUGGUGUGAUAACACACAAUGGGCAGGAUGAGAUAGGGGUGGGAAAGGGAAGUGUCCUUUUUUUCUCUUCUUUCAUUGUAUCGUUCAACUCUACUCACAAAUAAAACUCCUUAAAGGA